ACAGGAAUGUAGUCUCUACCGCCAACCUAUAGCGGCUUGAUUUAAAACCGGAACGAGUCCUGAAACGCAAUGUUUGCGUAUCACGGAAUGGCGCUGUUUUUUUCACCUCUCACUGGGAGGGACAUAAAAUCGAGGCGGAAGUCGAUCCCCGCUGACUAGAUGCCAUAAUGGUGGAGAAUUCCCCAUCUCCUCUUCCUGAACGGGCAAUUUAUGGCUUUGUUCUGUAUUUGGGCUCCCAGUUUGGCUUCAUUCUAUAUCUGACGUGGGCCUACAUCCCAGAGUCUUGGUUACACUCGUUGGGACUGACAUACUGGCCCCAAAAGUAUUGGGCAGUGGCAUUGCCCGUCUACCUCCUCGUUGUGUUGGGCAUCGCCUAUAUCUUUCUGUUUGGUAUAAACAUGAUGAGCACUGCUCCUCUAGACUCCAUACACACGGUAACAGAUUCUUAUGCCAAGAAUCAGCAAGAGAAGGAGAACCAAGAAGAUGCCAUCCCAGCUCUAAAGGACAUUUCCAUCAGCGAGGUCAAUAAGAUGUUCUUCCUCACUGAGCGAUGAUGCAGGAAGAGCUCCUCGACCCACAGAACCCUGUACUCUAUGAUCAUCCGUGUAGCUGGUUUUAUUCAAAAUCCAUUACAGUUUGUUAAAAGGGUUUGUUCACGUUCCAACACUUUUUUUCAGUUUAGUUGGUUUCAGAUAAUUCACCAGAAAUAAAGACUUUUCCCAAUUA